AUGGGGAGAGCACGUAAGGCGCGGAAGUACGCGGAGGUGAAAAGACUAAUCAACCCAAAGGAGAUAAAACAGUAUCGCCAGGACGUGUUGGACCCCAAGAAACCAGACAGCGAGAAGGACAAGCUUCCACGCAAUGUCCCCAACGUGUCAUCGGCGCUAUUCUUCAAGCACAACACGGCGCUGGGUCCGCCCUACCAGGUGCUCGUGGACACCAACUUCAUCAACUUCUCCAUCUCCAACAAGCUUGAUCUGGAGAAGGCCAUGAUGGAUUGCCUCUACGCUAAAUGCACGCCAUGCAUAACGGACUGUGUCUUGGCAGAACUGGAGAAGCUCGGUCAGAUGUACCGAGUGGCGCUCAGAAUAGCCAAGUCACCGUCGUUCCUGCGCCUGCCAUGCAGCCAUGCGGGCACAUAUGCCGACGACUGCCUUGUGCAGCGAGUCACUCAGCACAAGUGCUACAUCGUGGCCACGUGCGAUCGUGACCUCAAGCGCCGCAUCCGCAAGGUGCCCGGAGUGCCCAUCAUGUACAUAACGCAGCGCAAGUACUCCAUCGAGCGCAUGCCUGAGGCCACCAUUGGCGGAGGUACCAUUGCCUCACACCCUUCCACGCCCUCCCACGCCCGCCCAGCCCCUCCUACGCUCUCCCACACCCUUCGCAACCUACGACCUCCCACACCCUCUCUCGCCCUCCCUCGCCCCCCCACGCCCCCCCUCGCCCUCCCUCGCCCCCCCACGCCCCCUCUCGCCCUCCCUCGCCCCCCCCCUCGCCCUCCCUCGCCCUCCCUCGCCCCCCCACGCCCCCCCUCGCCCCCUCUCGCCCCCCCACGCCCCCCCACGCCCCCCCUCGCCCCCCCACGCCCCCCCUCGCCCCCCCUCGCCCCCCCUCGCCCCCCCUCGCCCCCCCUCGCCCUCUCUCGCCACCCCUCGCCCUCUCUCGCCACCCCUCGCCCUCCCUCGGCACCCCGCCUCCCACAGCCUCCCACGCCCUCCCAUGCCUUUGCUGUGCCUCUUUCCUUCUCACAGACACUUGCAUGUUGCUCGUCUCCCCUCUGCUCCAUGUGA